AGAGACAUUUUUGGCUUUGCAGGCUGCCUGUUGCAUCCCCUCCCUUGCGCUAAGAUGGCUCGUAUUUCCGCAGCGCUCGCAGUCCUGGCGGGUCUCUGGGCUGUUCGCAGCUUCGUGACCGCGCCGCUGGGCGCGCGCCGGGAGGUUGGGGUCUCCGUGGAGGCUGGGUAUUUCCCCGUGGGCAACGCCAAGCAGACGGCGCCCUACGGGGAGCGAGACCCUCUGCCCAAGGGCUACGGCAUCCGCACGGGACUGUCGGACCUGCUGAAGCCUCUGAACGCGGAGGCGGGCGUGGUGGCCAAGGAGGAUAGCAUCCCCACCGUUCUUGUGAUGCUCACCGGCAUCGUGCUGCUCUUCCUCUUCUACUUGCUGCUGCUGCUCAUCGACAACCAGUCUGUGCUUCUGCCCCCUGAGGACGAGUUCGAUGAGUAUGUGGCCAACUUCCUGCCGUAUUUCUUCUUCGGCGAGAAGUGAGGAGGGUUUGGCCCUCCCCGGUUUUUGGGUGCACCCGCCCGUGCGAGGAUC